GCCAACUUUUGUAAAUUUUUUUUAACAAAGUCAAAAUGGUCAAAACGCGGCACAGUAUAGGCAUAGACGAGGAAGCGGUUUCUGCUUUUGACACAAUUGGUAGUCGGAGUAGUCGUAGAAGGGCCAAAACUGACCGAGACAUCAAUGAGUAUGUAAGUGAUGCAAGUGGGCCGAUUGAAGAAAAUCCACCCUUGAGGUCCAUGCGGAGGAGAGCCCAACAGUCACAUGUGAAGGAAGAACAUGUGCAUAAUGCGAGUCCUGGCAGUGUCAAAGUCGAAACAAGGAGGAUAACCAGGAGAUCAAAGGGAGUUGAGGAGCCUGUGUGUUUGGAUGACGCUGAAGAAUAUGUAGAUGAGGAGGUUGUCCUAUCUCCACAAAGAAAACGAGUCAAGAGACGACGUUCCUCCAACGAACGUCACGAUUCAUACAUCCGGCGUAGUGGGAGGCAAAGGAAGCUCCAGUAUGAAUCAUUCAACACCACAUUGAUAGAACAUCAGCAGAUGGUAACUGGUAUAAAUUCAAGAACAGACUCCCCAAGGAAACUUAAGAGACGUUUAGAAGAUGAAGCUGAACAAGGUGAAGGAGAGGAGGAAGAAGAAGAGAAAGAGCCAUCUAUGUACACAAGGGUAAAGAGAGUCAGGAAGCAAGUGAAGCGAGACAUGUAUGGUGUGCCUAUAACUGAGAACUCCACAGAGGAAGAUAGUGAUGACAGUGAAACAGAAGAGUCAAGCUCUUCAAGUGAGGAGGAAGAAGAACAAGACCAAGGCAAGAAAUACAACUUGCGGGAAAGUAGACAAAAAACACAACAUUUUGAAAUACCAAUAGAACCCCAAAGGCCAAGGAUGCGUUCCAACACAAUAUUUGGUAGGUCCUCCACACCCCCACUGAGGAGACGCAGAACACAGCAGAUAGCUCACCAGUCUCCCGCUCUCAGGAGCCCUUUCAAAAGAAGGAAGAAGAAACGUACAACAUUCCACUCUCAUGGCAGUGAUUCUACUAGCAGUUCAAGCUCCAGUUCUAGCCCAGGAAAUUCCAGUGAUGAUGAGAGGCGAUUUGAGAAGAGAAAAUCCAAGAGUAUGGCAAAAUCUAGACAGAGGUGCUUGCCUAUGAACUUUGACAAAGAUGACCUGACGCAGACAACACUAAGAGACAGAGCAAAGAUUGGGGCCAGUAUGGCGGACAUUGACCCAAUGAACGUAGAUAGAUCAGUUGAUUUUGCUUCAGUUGGUGGAUUAGGGAAGCACAUCAGAUCAUUGAAGGAGAUGAUAGUCUUCCCCCUGCUUUACCCUGAGGUGUUUGAGAGAUUCAAGAUUGCCCCUCCCAGAGGAGUUCUCUUUUAUGGCCCUCCAGGUACUGGUAAAACUUUGGUGGCCCGAGCAUUGGCCAAUGAAUGUAGCACUGGAAAUCGUAAAGUUGCAUUCUUCAUGCGUAAGGGAGCUGAUUGCCUCAGUAAAUGGGUCGGAGAAUCUGAACGCCAGCUGAGACUGCUUUUUGACCAGGCCUAUCAAGUUCGUCCAUCCAUAAUCUUCUUUGAUGAGAUAGAUGGCCUUGCCCCUGUGAGAUCCAGCAGACAGGACCAGAUACACAGCUCAAUCGUGUCCACUCUCCUUGCCCUCAUGGAUGGCCUGGACAGUCGUGGAGAAAUAGUUGUCAUAGGAGCAACCAAUAGAAUUGAUUCCAUAGAUCCUGCUCUCAGAAGGCCAGGAAGAUUUGAUCGAGAAUUCUUAUUCCCUUUGCCAUCUUUAGAGGCAAGAAAGCAGAUCCUACAGAUUCAUACCAAAGAAUGGAACCCAAAACUGUCUGAUUGCUUUUUGAGUGAAGUUGCUGAGAGGACAGUAGGUUAUUGUGGAGCAGACAUUAAAUCCUUAUGCACAGAAUCAGCCUUGCAUGCUCUCAGGAGACGCUACCCUCAGAUAUAUACCUCAAAUGAGAAGCUCCAACUAGAUGUUACCUCCAUAGAUCUAACUGCCAAAGACUUCCAUACAUCUAUGCUAAACAUUGUACCCACAGCCCAGCGCUCUGUUACCUCUCCUGCCAGGGCCCUGUCCGUUACCAUUGAACCAUUGCUCAGGGUUACAUUUAAUAAGACAAUGGAGUCUCUCAGAAGGAUGUUUCCACCAGCUCUUGCUAAACUUGCCAGUUUAGACACACCGGCACCUAGUGGUUCAAAGGAUGGAGAAGGGGAUGCUGCUAAUAACAGCAGUUCGGGCAGUGAAGAUGAUGAAGAUGCGCCAUCUAUCUAUGACGCAUCCACCCAGGGAAAAGGACGUAAAAGACGCAUUACUAAUGAACUCACAGCUGGUCCAUUUUUGGAUUUCACAAAAGCUGCGUACAGCACUCCUACAACAUACAGACCUCGGCUCUUGUGUACUGGCCUUCCAGGUCAAGGUCAGAGCAGCCAUCUUGCCCCUGCCAUCUUACAUCAGUUUGAGAGACUUCCUGUCCAUAUCUUAGAUCUGCCCUCUCUAUAUGCCAACAGUGCAAAGACACCAGAGGAGGCUUGUGCUCACAUUUUUCAAGAAGCAAAGAGGACAUCGCCAAGCAUUAUCUACCUACCUCAUGUCAACCAGUGGUGGGAUAUAAUACCAGAGACACUAAAGGCCACAUUCUUGGCUCUCCUGCAGGACCUCAACCCUUCCUGCCCCAUUCUACUACUGGCCACCAGCGAGGAACUCUUCCAACAUCUACCUCAUCAAAUUCAACUGCUGUUCAGUGUUAACUCAGGGGAGGUCAUUCACAUGUACAAUCCCAAUGCUGAUGAGAGAAGAGCAUUCUUCCAGGACCUAUUGCUCAAUCAGGCUUGCAAAACACCAAAACGAAAACUAAGAAAAACUAGUAGCCUAGAGGUCCUUCCCUUAGCUCCACCCCCUGAACCAAGGAAACUUUCCGAAAGAGAAAUGAAACGCCUCCAUAACCAAGAAGAGGCUACACUCCGUGAAUUACGGCUCUUUAUUCGUGACGUCAUUAACAAGUUGGCCCGAGACAGAAGGUUUAAUAUCUUUGCAAAACCUGUGGAUCCAGAAGAAGUAGAUGACUAUUAUGAUGUGAUCAAAACACCAAUGGAUUUAUCCACGAUGAUGUCAAAGAUUGACUUACACAAGUACCAAACUGUCAAAGAUUUCCUAGAUGAUAUAGAUCUGAUCCGCAGCAAUGCUUUAGAAUACAACCCAGAUAGACAUCCUGAAGAUAAGGCUGUGCGCCACAGGGCAUGUGCACUCAGGGACCUUGCACACUCCAUAGUUGAUGCAGAUCUAGACAGGGACUUUGAACGACAAUGUGAGGAGAUCGCUGAAUCAAGGGAAAAACGAGGUCCUUCUCUUCCUGAGACUGCCCCUGCUUUCUACCAUGUAAAACCAAUACAGAACCCCCAGGCCUCACAAGCCCCUAAACCACCCCCAACUAUACCCCAGCCAGACAGAUUCUCUCGUCGAACCCGGGGGUUGAACGCUAUUCAGGAAGCCCAGGAAACCACUCCAUCUACCUCAACAGGUGGCGCUACUACUUCACAUCAACGCUCACACCCAGCAUCUGCCCCUGUAAUACGAUCUCGCAUACAUACCCCCGGUAAAACCCCACUGACUAUUCCAAAACCUAAAAAGCAAAAGAAAUGCAUAUGGGCAUCAUCGAGUAGAAGAAAUAAAAGGAGAACUCACUGGGCUAGUCGUUUUUGGGCAAAAAGACGUGCAGAAAUGGCUGAGAAUGAACCAGAAGUAGACCAGGGUAUAGAAAUUGAUGAUGGCAUGGAUAUUGAUGAACAGGAUGAAACCAAAGAUUUGAACACAACUGAAGAAAUAGUCAUUCUUGACAAUGAUCUCAAUGAAACCAUAAAGACUGCAGGUACAUCUGAAACCACUGCUGAUGUAUUAAAACCAUUACAAAUAGACACCUCAAAUAAAGCAACUGACAUUAAAGAAUCAGCAUUAAAUUCGCCAAGUACUCGAUCUAAGGGACUAUCCCCAGUAGCUCUUUCCCCAAAUACACGUUCCAGAGCUAAGUCCCCGAUUGCUCAAUCUCAAGGUUGUAAAUCACCAGGAGGCCAUUCUCCAAUAACAAAGUCUCCCCGAUCUCUGCGAGCCAAGUCACCAAUUGGGUCACAGAGAGUACAGACAAUUAUAGAGAGUGAUCUAUUAAUAAAAGACUCUGAAGAUUCCAAUGAUACCAAAGCAAGCUCAGGGACCACAAUUUCCAGGGAUGACAGCGGUAUUUGUAGUGCACAAGAGAGUAAUGGAGAAGUCCUAGAAAAACCAAAUGAACCACAGGAAGAAGUCAAGCAAAAGGAAGCUGAGGUGGACGUUGUCAUGGCAACACCACAGACACAUGAGACACCCAAGAAAAAUAAUGAAGUGACUGAAGUUUCAUCUGAAUCUAAAGAGUCCACACCAGCAAUGAGGAUGACACGAGGACGCCUGCACCAAAAGGAAGUUGAGAAGGCACAUGAGCGGUUAUACCUUCCUGCUCAACCUUUUGUCAUUGAUCGAGACAGACUGAGGUACAUACUAGAGCAGACUGUACAUAUCACCAAGGACUUCAUCAUUGAAGACCUAGAGAGGGUUCACAGUAAAUAUAGCCAGUGUAUAUAUCAACAUAGGAAGGCUCAUGAUAGGACCCAGCUGUUAGUGGAUCUGGAAGAAGCAAUGAAUAUGUUUGCAAAAUGAGACAACAACAUCCAGGGAUAUCCUGAUGGCAUUUAAAGUUAUUCUAUGCAGGGAUAUUCAUAUAAUAUAUUGCCUCAGAGAAUCCUAAAAUGCAUUUACAUGUAAUCAACCAUGACAAUUGUAAAUACUCAAUGUUAUCUUGUGAUUCCUGUUUUUGUAAACCUGGUGUUAUGAAAUUUUAAACCAUGAUAUGUGUGAAAUGUGAUCACUUUUCUAAUAUGUUCAGGGAUUUUAACCAGUUACUGAGCAUUACUGUACUUUUAAUACAAUUUUAUAAGCUGCUUAUUUUAAGCAGGAAUUUGUUUUACAAAUUACUGAAUUUUAAAACAAUUAAUUACGAUAAUUAUCUAAUCUCGGAACAAUCUUCAGGGAGAUAUAGAGAAUGCCUUUGUUAGGCCUAAUCCAUCUGGGCAAUAACUCAAAUACCUCUGGUCUGAUUUUGUUAAUAUUUUAUAGUGUAUGGC